AUGAACAAACUUGGACGUUUCUUGGCCUGUCUUUUGGUGCUUGCCACCACUGCUUCACUAGCAGAUGCUGGAUUUCUUUCGAAAUCCAAAAAGAAGGUCUCUACCAAACCAAAACCCCGUACCAUCUUGGCCAGCAAGGACAAGUUGAAGGAUUCCACCUACAAGAAGCUAGAAGAGAAAAAGCGUCUCAAUCGUCGCGAAAAGUCGGAAAUUGCUUCUGCAGAGAUGCAAGCCUACAAAGAUCUGCGCAACAAGGGUUACGAUGAAGUUUCUAACACCAAGGAGGCCCACAUGUUGCGUCAAUACCGUCUCCGAAAUAAGAAACGACGUGGAUUGUUGCGAAAACGGGAGCAAUCCUUGUCUCACAUUCUCUUUCCUGGUGUCAGUCCAGAAGAGUACACCUCCGGGGAAGAAAUCUGGAUUUACACGGAUCUGGUGGAAUCCAAAAAGACCCAAGUUCCAUUUGAAGUCUUUGAUUUGCCCGGGUUCAACGAAGUCAAGGAAACCAAGGGAAAGAAGACUCGUAGAAUGAGACGCAACCUUGGUUCUAGAUUGCAGGGAUAUGACCUAAAGCCAGCUCCUUUUGAAAUGUUCAUCUUGAAGGAUACUCCUUGUACUCCCAUUUCUCAAGUCAAUAUUCAAGGCAAAAAGUUGCGUUGGUUGCGCCAAAUCAUCGAACGCCAAUACCGCGUCCACUUGCAAUUGGAUUCCUUGCCAGUCUUGAUGCGCAGCAAGGAACUCAACUUUGCCGUUCGUGGAUUCCCCGUCGGUUUCCGAUCUCCGGGAGGCGACCGCAAGGAGCUGUUUUUGUACAAUCACUUCAAAUUCACCAUUACCUACCAAGAGUCUCCGGAAUUUGAAGGGAUUCGCAUUACUGGAUUCGAUGUCCAUCCAGUCAGCAUCAAGCACGAGAUUCCAAAAGACGGAGAAGAAUUGAGUUCAGUCUCUACCUGUACGGGAUUUGACAUUGAAAACGAUCCUUCUCAAUACGUCGCUUUGGAUGUCGAACAUGAGGGUGGUGUUCCAGUCGUCUUUUCGUACGAUGUCCAAUGGAUCAAGAACGACUUGGACUGGACGGAUCGCUGGGAUGUCUACCUCAUUGGUUCUCCCGACGAUGAUAUCCACUACUACAGUAUCAUCAACUCCCUCAUGAUUGUCUUGUUCAUGACGGGUGCUACUGCCACGAUUAUGAUUCGCACUCUUCGCAAGGAUAUUGCUGGAUACAACGAGAUGCAAGCCUUGGAAGAGGUGGCCGAAGAGACUGGCUGGAAGUUGGUCCACGGAGAUGUCUUUCGUCCUCCUUCUUUUUCGCCAAUGAUGCUUUCUGUAUUGGUGGGAACGGGAGCCCAACUUGGAAUGGCUGUCGUCUUGGCCAUUUUGCUCUCUGUCCUCAAGAUUACCAGUACCAUGAAGAAGGGACAAAUGCUGACUUCGCUCAUUUUGCUAUAUGUCCUGUGCGGAGCCGCUGCUGGUUAUGUCAGUUCCCGCGUUUACAAGUUCUGCGACGCCAAGAACUGGAAACUGAACACCAUGCUCACUGCCACUGCACUUCCUGGUACCUUUGUGGUCCUCUUUGCCUUUCUCAACAUUUUCUUGAGCAUUGCUGGUGCCGCUACCGCCGUCAGCUUUUUGACCAUUUUGGUCUUGUUCUUGCUUUGGGUCUGCGUGUCGGCCCCAUUGGUCUUUGUGGGAGCCUUUGUUGGACUCAAGAUGCCCACCAUUGAAGUGGCCACUCGCACCAACCAAAUUUCCCGCAUCAUCCCCGAAGCCCAAUUGGUUGGACACCCUGCCUUGACCAUGAUGAUGGGAGGUGUCCUUCCCUUUGGAUCCGUCUGCAUUGAGCUUGCCUUUAUCAUGUCAGCCAUGUGGUUGCACCAAAUCUACUACGUCAUGGGAUUCUUGUUGGCCGUGGUCUUUAUCUUGUUUGCCACUUGCGCCCAAGUUUCCAUUGUCCUGUGCUAUCUGCAACUGUGCGCUGAAGAUCACCGCUGGUGGUGGAAGUCCUUUUGGAACUGUGCCACGGCUGGUGUUUACUUGUUGUUGUACAGCUUGUGGUUCUUGACCAGCCGACUGCAUUUGGUGGGUGUCUUGCCUGUGGUCGUCUACGUCACAUAUAUGACCAUGAUUUCUGUUUGCUUUGGAAUCUUUUGUGGAGCAGCUGGAUUCAUUUCUAGUUUCUGGUUCACAAGGACCAUUUAUGGGGCUGUCAAGGUUGACUAA